CCCUAUUUAUACCUAACCUUCCCGUCAGGAAACAUUCGCUCUUCUCUGCAUUCUUUGUCUUCUUUCACUUAUCCCCUUUUCGAAAUUCUUCCUGGACCUUGUCGCUUACUUCUCUAUACUCUCUAGUCCUCUUAACGCAUCGAGAAUCACUAUAGACAUAAUGGCUCACCCUCAAGAUGAGGCCCAGCAUCUCUCCCUCACUGACCCCGAGACCUUCUGGGGCCAUCAAGCUGAACAGCUUCACUGGCACAAGAAGCCCUCUGCGGUCCUGAAACGUACGACUAAGAACCUGAAAUCGGGUACCUCUCACAACCAUUGGGAAUGGUUCCCAGACGGCGAGAUCUCUACUUGCUAUAACUGCAUUGACCGUCAUGUCCUAGCCGGGCGCGGAGACCAGCCCGCUAUCCUCUAUGACAGUCCAGUCACGAACACUAAGCAACGUUUGACCUACAAGCAGCUUCUCACCGAGGUCGAGACUUUUGCUGGGGUCCUUCGAGAGGAGGGUGUCAAGAAGGGAGAUGUUGUUCUUGUUUACAUGCCGAUGGUGCCCGCCACCCUGAUCGGUAUCCUCGCUGUCAACCGUUUAGGCGCUAUUCAUGCAGUUGUCUUCGGUGGCUUCGCUUCUACAGCCCUGGCCCAGCGCAUCGAGGCAUCACGUCCAGUCGCCAUUUUGACUGCUUCCUGUGGAAUCGAAGGUAACAAAGGGCCUGUCAGUUACCGCGCCUAUAUCGAAGAAGCUAUCAGCAUCUCAUCCUUCAAGCCACCUAAGACCAUUAUCUGGCAGCGUGAGCAGCUAGUGUGGCGUCCAAUCAAGAAAACUGAGGGCGAGCGGGAUUGGCAUAAGCUGGUUAAGAGCGCGCGGUCCAGGAACGUCAAGGCUGAGUGUGUGCCUGUGAGGUCGGCUGACCCUAUCUACAUCAUCUACACCAGCGGCACCACAGGUUUGCCUAAAGGUGUUGUGCGCGAUACUGGCGGUCAUGCCGUUGGGCUGCAUAUGUCCAUUUCGUACUUGUUCGGUAUCCAUGGACCAGGUGACGUGAUGGGCUGUUUCAGUGACAUAGGCUGGGUGGUUUCCCACAGCUACACGCUUUAUGGUCCAUUACUGACAGGCGCCGCCACGGUCCUCUACGAAGGCAAACCAGUCGGGACACCCGACGCCUCAGCCUUCUGGAGACUGGCCGAGGAGUACAAGAUCAAUACCAUGUUCACCGCACCAACGGCACUCAGAGCCAUCCGAAAGGAAGACCCUGACAACGUCUUCAUCACCAAGAUUGGCAAACGUGGUGGGCUCAAGAGUCUCAAGGCCCUCUUUCUUGCUGGUGAACGGUCCGAACCAGCUAUCAUCACCAUGUACCAGGACCUACUCAAGCGAUAUGGCGCGGCAGGCUCCCAGGUCGUUGAUAAUUGGUGGUCGUCGGAGUCCGGCUCACCGAUUUCGGGUGUUGCGUUGGUCCCGCACGCAGGCAAGAACAGGAAGACCAACGUGAAGGAUCAUCCGCCACUGCCUAUCAAGCCGGGGAGUGCUGGAAAGGCCAUGCCUGGGUUUGAUGUCAGAGUUGUGGAUGACGAAGGCAACGAGGUACCCAAGGGAAACAUGGGAAACAUCGUUCUGGGCCUUCCACUGGCACCUACUGCGUUUCGGACGCUUUGGGAAGAUGAAGAGCGAUUCUACAAGAGUUACAUGAUUCGCUUCAAUGGCAAGUGGGUCGACACUGGUGAUGCCGGCUACGUCGACCAACAGGGGUACAUUCACAUCAUGGCACGGACUGAUGACAUUAUCAACGUUGCCGCUCAUCGUCUUAGCACAGGUACACUCGAGCAAGCAGUCACAAGCCACCCCCUCGUCACCGAAGCAUGCGUAGUUAGCAUCCCCGACGCCCUCAAAGGCCAACUCCCCUUCGCCUUCGUCAGCACCUCGGACAGCAGCGGCGACGUCAAGUCAGACGAGCAGCUCUUCCAGGAGAUCCAGAAGCUUGUCCGCGCCCAAGUUGGCGCCAUCGCCUCGCUGGGCGGGAUGAUCCGGGGCAAGGGCAUGAUUCCGAAGACGCGCUCGGGCAAGACGUUGAGAAGAGUCUUGCGCGAGCUGCUGGAGAACGCGGUCCAUGACGAGUUUGAUAAGCCGGUUAAUGUCCCCUCGACGGUGGAGGAUCCGAGCGUGGUGGAUGUGGCGAGGGAAAAGGUUAGGGAGUAUUGGCAUGAGAAGGGCGGGUUGCAUGCGGCUAUUGAGGCUAGGGCGAAGCUUUGAGAGGCAGGUACCUGCAUCAACAAUAGUGUAUUUGCUUCUUGAACAAAAUUCUUUGCUCCUUCUUCGAAUGACAUGGGAUUUACGUUGUGUAGAACAGAAGGAGCAGU